AUGAAAGCUAUUGAUAUACUCUGUGCUUCCCAAGCUGCAACCUCCAUCGUCGACUACAUGGAUUCCAACAACAUUCAUCAACAACCAUCCUCUUCCUCCUCCGGAACCUCCGCCGGCGGCAGAGCAAUCGACCGCCACAACCCCAUCAUCCAAGACCAAAAAAGACUCUCUUCUUCCACCCAACCCACCACUACUCCAAACAAGAACAAGAAGAAUUCCAAAAACAGCGAUCAAAAAAGAAAAUCCAUUGCCAGCACCACCGUCGUAAGGAAGCAAGGAGGAGGAGCUCUGCUUGGAUGGGGAUGUACAAGGCCAGGUGAUUUUAUCAGCCCUGCAACUUCUUCAAGGUUCUUGUUGGCUGACAAAGCCUUGUCCGAUCAGUUUGAUCCACUUUUGAAGCAAGUUUCGCCGACGCCAGCCCCGCCGCCGGAAAAACCAGACAAGUUCGAGAAUGACGAUUCUGUUAAGAAGAAAGAUGAUAUCCGUUUAUCUUCUUCCCCUCCCAAGACAACGCCACGUUCUUCCUCUUCUUUGUCCUCACGCUCUUCCGAUCAACAGGUUGUUGUGUUAAGGGUGUCACUGCACUGCAAAGGUUGUGAGAAAAAGAUGAGGAAGCAUAUCUCUAAAAUGGAAGGAGUAAAAGACUUUAGUAUAGACUUUAUGGCGAAAAAGGUCACGGUGAUCGGUGAUAUAACACCGUUAGCGGUUCUCACAAGUGUGUCAAAAGUCAAGAAUGCAAAAUUAUUAACUCCGACAACAAUUUCCUCACCGGCCGUCCCUGCGAUAGACUCAGAUUUCUCUGAAAUCAAGAAACAAUUAGGAAUUGUCUUAUAAUAAAUUAUAACGUAAUGGUGUAGGGUGGUUUUAAUCUUUGGAUUAUUUUGGUUAAUUUUGUACACAACAUUUGGGUAUUUUUGUGAUUACUAAUAUGAUAAACUGAAAUGGGGUUUUCGUAAGCCCAAUGCAUGAUAGUAAC